UAUAAUUUGAGCUUGUCGCAUCGUGCUUUGACAAGUCACAAUAUAAUAAUUAUCUCCAGUUGAAUAGCAUUCGGUGGGCACGUCAACCAUCGUGUAUACCUGAUUUUCCCAGCCGGAUUCCCUUCGAGCUAUCAAGAUUAAGCCACAUCCUGCUUUCGCGUCAUAUGGCUCAAGCUGAUGAAUGACUGGACUCACUUGCCUCAAGUCAACGCCUUGACUUAUUGCAAUAAAGACAGAACUAUAAAUCAUGGAUUGGACACCUCCUCCCGACCCCGAUUGCCCACAAUGCCCUUAUUUACCGGGUUUGGUCAUACAUGCCACAGAACACGAGCCACCUGCCGCGUUUGGCCUUUCAAAAGGAUAUCCUCGGAAAACACGGCGUGAUCCAUCCAGAGAUUUGGUCCAAGUGAUACCCAAAACCGCACAUGUUCUGGAAUACCCACCCGAGGAAACGCAGUGGUCCCCCGAUAAAGCACCUCCACGUACGGCCACGCUUACCAUCACAGAGAGGUUAGCAAACGGCAGUGAUCGCCGUGCUAAACUUGUCGUCUGUCGAGUCCUCGUUAAGGGCCACAGCCGAGCGUACACAGCUGUCGCUAAAAUCUAUGACCCCUUGUAUUACUCUCCUGAGGGUCUGGGCGAAGCCUGGGUUGUUAAGGACGCCGAUUCGGAUUAUAGUUGUGAGGCAUUAGCAUAUCGUUCGCUUCAAGAACCCUUGCAUCCACAAAAACCUGGCUUCACGCCUGACUAUUAUGGUUCAUGGACUUUUGACUCAGUCCUAACUCAUCAAAACAAAGCGUAUAAGCGCUCAAUUCGGCUGAUAUUGAUUGAGCAUAUCCAAGGGACAUCCAUGAGGAACUUAUAUACCUCCAAACAUCCUGAUUCUGAACCUGACGCGUUUCAUUACGAUGAAGCGUAUCGCCUAGCUGUUCUAGCCGAACUAUGCGAAGGCUGGGUAAAACAAAUACAUGGAGGCAUCAAUCAACGCGACCUCGCACCAAGAAAUGUCAUGCUGGCACCUAGCCCCCAGGAGGGUAUAACACCAGCAGGUGUGCCCAGGGUAGUGCUGAUAGAUUACAAUGCGGCAGUUGUAUAUGAACACCACUACCUAAAACCCUUUCCCGUUACGCAAAAGUCCCUGCCUCCGAAUCCAGGAGAUUAUUUCUGGAAUGAUGACUGGUCUCCCUUCAUUGGCUGGUGCCCGAAGGAAUGGAAUAAUCCUGAAAGAAGAAAGGAGCUCGCUCAGAGGUGGCUUUCUAAAACAUUUUUGCAAAAUGAGACUGAUUUUGUACGUAUGACGGAGGAGCCAUAGAUAUUAGACGAAAUCACUGUAUAUUUUGAUAGAAAACCUGAACAUGCUGGGAAAGGAUGUCGCACUUCGUCAAAAUGACGCCGUGAAACGUACAAGUCUAACGGUAGUAUGUACUCUCCACCUAAGUGCGAUAAAAGGUUCUCAGGAAGCUUUCAUCAAGAAGCCCCUAAUAAUCAAAACUUCAACCUA